CAAAGAUUGUGGUCAAGCAGCCUGUAUUGAGUUUUUCACUUCGUGUGCUCUUUCAUCUCAUCAUUCCUAUAAAACACAUAAUUUGUCAAAUCCGACGUUCCAAAUCGCUGUUGCGAUGCGAUCUAAAGUCAUAGACAAGCUCCACUGUUAUACAACCGUCGCCUCUGCUCUAUAUUGCCGGGGAUAGCUAUUAGGUUUUUCUCAAAAGACCUGAUUGAGGAUAUUUAGGCGUUCUACAAAAUAAUAUGGCGUCCAGGCGCCAAGUUCGUUAUUCUCCACUUCCUGUUGACGAAACUGAUGAUGAUUAUCAUGACCCUCGGUUUGAGUAUAGACCUGGAGCCUUUGAUAAAGUCCCUUGGAAAUCCAUAACCCUUGCACUUUUUCUGCUCUUUCUUGGAUCAUUACUUCUCUUCCUUUCAUUCUUCAUCUUAACUGGCCACAUGGGUGGAGAGAAAUCCCAAGGCUAUGGUCUCUUGGCCCUUGGAAUCCUUGCUUUCCUGCCAGAAUUGAGGAAUGAAUUGGAGGUCAGAGGUUCUUGUAAACUGGUCCUUGAGUUUUAGAACUUGAAGUCCAAAUUGGAAUAAAAAUUAUCUAGAGCUAUUAUUUUCUUGAGAACCCUAAGAACCAAGAAGGAAAAUUAAGCGUAAAACAGGAGCAGUUUCCUACACAUUUCAAUCAAACACAUUUAUGCAUUCUUAUGGAUUUGCGUUUCAUACAUGUCCAUGAUCAAAUUUAAUUUAGAGAUGAAAUUUUAGGUUACUUCAGAAAUUCAGAUUAUUGCGUGUUUAAUAUAUAGGUGAAAAUGUGAGAACUAUCAUUGUGGUAAGUGGGAUAGCUUUGUCAAAGGCAAAUUUAGUUUAGUUCACAAAUUCAGAUUAUUGAUGGUUAAAUAUAUGAGGUGAAAGUUAGAGAACUCAUCAUUGUGGUAAGUAGGAUAAUUUUGGAUGCUUACUAUCAUUCAUAAUUUGUAGUUCAGCCUCAAACCUUAUAAACUCCAUGAUUUCGAGAAGCAGCUACUCUAUAAUAAUCUUGUUUGAUGUUUGAUUAUACUUCCAGACUCCAGUUAUUAGUUAUCAAUUAAUAGGACUUAGCAUAAUGAAUUUGGCCUUUCUUUUGUUUUGUGGAGGCUUGUUUAAUUUCUUUUAUGUUGUCUUUGGUAGAGAAUAGAUGAAAACAAACUUCUCUUCAUUUUCUUUCUCGCCUUUCCUCCUCAUUUUGCAUUGCCUAUCUCAUAAAUGUGGACUCUAAC